CCUAAUCACGUGAAAGACUCACUGGAUUUUGACUUCAAUAAGAUUGAGUUGAGUAACGGUCCGACCCCUCCCGACAUCAACUCCCGGUGCCUACAGUUAUGCAAAGACUACUUAUCCGGUGUUUGGGGCCAACAAACGGUCGAUUCGAUUGUGGUUAAGAGGGUUAUGGGAGGCGUUGUGAACCAACUCUAUUAUUGCGCUAUCGGUAGACCAGUUGCCGAUUCACAUGGUGUACCACAGGAGGUGGCUAUAAGACUGUAUGGACCCAAAUAUGAUAGUUUUGGUGAUAAUGAGACUAAAACUAAUGAACGACUCAAUGAUGUGGUGACGGCAGUCAUGGCCUCCCGGAGCCGAUUGGGGCCUAAGAUAUAUGGUUUGUUUGAAGGCGGAGAGAUAUUGGCUUUUUAUAAGCACCGGCCGUUUGGUGUUAAGGAGCAAAAGGAUCCCAAACUAAGGGCACAGGUAUUCAAGAAUCUGGCGAAAUGGCACGCAAUGGAGGCGCCCGUUAAGAAGUUUCACUCGAUGUCCCAAUGGUUAGACGGCUUGUUUGACUGUGUGGACAGGUAUCCCAAUUUGACAGCACUCAUGGAUGAGUAUGAAAUGCAAACAUUUAAGACGUAUGACCUGGAACUGGAAAAAGGGUGGCUCAAGCAGUUGAUUGAGAGCACCGGUAGUCCGUUAGUGUUCGGACAUAACGACUUUCGGAGCUCUAAUAUCAUGGUAUUGAAGGACAAGAAUAAUAACGAUAUCAGCGAUGAUACAAAUGGUGAUGAAUUGGUGGUGUUUUGCGACUUUGAUGGCUCUGGUUAUGGCUAUAGGGGACUGGACUUUGGCUCAAUUUGUUAUGAGUGGGGUCGCACGUUCAAUGACUAUAAGUUUUUACAUGUAUUUCCCGAGGACAAGGAGAUUAUACCACUAAUUGAGAUGUAUAUCACAGAAUCCGUGGCAAUAUAUGGCAAAACAUAUGCCGAAAAUCCCGUGAAU